GACAACUUUAGCUGGGCGCUGCUGCCGCUUCUAGCCGAUUUGUUCCAGAUUCUUGCCUUCCGAGACGUGCGACCACAUGCCGAUAAAAAUAGUCGACGUGACCCUAAUUGUGUUUUCAUAAACUAUGAUCAUAUAGGAAAGUAGCGCCCCUCUCAAUAAUCCCGGUUUUGCCGCAACUGGGCAGUUAAGUACCACUGAAAACAACAAAUUUGUCUGCUGGCCUCUUUUUCUUGCUUUAUACCAUUACUUUUAACAACAAUUUUUUUUUCGGGUAUAGGUAGUCAACAUAAUAUUCAUACAUCUGGUAGCGACCCUCGCGGCGACGCUGUACUUUUUGUUAUUUUUUUUUCGCUCUGUUUGCCGCACUAAUCUGUGAAUGGCGGGAUCUUCGCGCUCGCGUUCUGACUUGUUUUCCGCGUGUAUUAGCCGCAAUGUGUAGAUCCUUCUCAAGCAGAGCGUUGAUAUCUUCUUGAAUCUGUUCUACGUAUAAAACAGCGGUAGGCGCUACCGGCGCUCAGAUUUCGUCGUGUUUUGCCUCGUGCGGGCCGCGUUCCCGUGACACCGAACUGAGUGCCAAGAUGACGGAUGUCCAAGAGAGAGACGUCGUGGAUUACGAGGAGGCCGAAAGCUUCGGGCCGUUAAAAAUCCAGAAGUUAGAGGGCAAUGGUAUUGGGGCAGCAGACAUUCGCAAGCUUGAAGAGGCUGGCUUCCACACUGUCGAGGCAGUGGCAUACGCACCCAAGAAGCAGCUGCUCACCAUCAAGGGCAUCAGCGAGGCCAAGGCUGACAAGCUUCUUGCCGAGGCAGCCAAGAUGGUGCCGCUUGGCUUCACCACAGCCACUGAGAUCCACCAGAAGCGGUCGGACAUCGUGCAGAUCACCACCGGCUCCAAGGAGCUCGACAAGUUGCUCGGUGGCGGCAUUGAGACUGGCUCCAUCACGGAGGUAUUCGGGGAGUUUCGCACAGGCAAGACGCAGCUGUGCCACAUGCUGGCGGUCACCUGCCAGCUGCCCAUUGAACACAGUGGCGGCGAGGGCAAGUGCCUCUACAUCGACACGGAGGGCACCUUCCGGCCCGAACGUCUACUCGCUGUGGCCGACAAGUACGGCCUGUCGGGGCCUGAUGUGCUGGACAAUGUGGCCUACGCGCGUGCAUACAACUCGGACCACCAGACACAGCUGCUCAUACAGGCAUCAGCCAUGAUGGCCGAGACCCGGUAUGCACUGCUUAUUGUUGACUCGGCCACGGCACUGUACCGCACGGACUACUCUGGUCGAGGAGAACUGAGUGCGCGGCAAAUGCAUCUGGCACGGUUUCUGCGAAUGCUGCUGAGGCUUGCUGACGAGUUCGGCGUCGCCGUGCUCAUCACCAACCAAGUGGUUGCUCAGGUGGACGGAGCAGCCAUGUUCUCGGCCGACCCCAAAAAACCCAUAGGAGGAAACAUCAUGGCACAUGCCUCCACUACAAGGCUCUAUCUGCGCAAGGGCCGCGGGGAAACCCGCAUCUGCAAGAUAUAUGACUCGCCGUGCCUACCCGAGGCCGAAGCCAUGUUUGCCAUCACGCCCCAGGGCAUAGCAGAUGUCAAGGACUGACAACUUCUAGUCAAGCAAACACAGCGCAUGUCCUGUACAGUUGGAUUCUGCUCUAUCAGUGGCACGUGACGGGACGUUGUGACCUAUGAUUGACAAGCUGAACAUCGCAUUGAACUUGGCAUUGAAGCUGAGUGGCUGGUGUCCCCGCUGCCCAGUUUCCUUCCUGUGAGCUGGGACGAAGGCCAUCAAGCACCACAACACAGCUUCGAGAUGUAGACUAAGUAACUAAACAACCUUGUCUGUAUGCUUUCAGCGUGUUUUCAUGUGUACUUCUAGGGAGCUUUUAAGUGCAAGCUUAACAGUGCUGCCAUAAAAACUGAUACAAGGGCUUAUUUUAGGACUGCAAAAAUAAAAUAUUACACAUAUAA